CAUGUGCAUUAACGUCGGUGGGCCGCAGGACGUGUGUGGCUGAGACACCUAGCUAACUGGAUAGAAAAAGACAUAGGUUACGUUAUUUCCAGAGAGUCGACGGUAAAUUAGCGAAAUGCCCAAGAAAAUUAAAGAAGAAGCAGAGUGGGUGGACGAUGAAGCCGCACCGGCAGCUGAAAAAACUGUGAAAAAGGGAAAGAAAGAUAAAAAGGGGAAAAAGAGUUUUUUUGAGGAACUGGCCACAGAAAGCAACCCUGAAAAGGCAAAUGAGGUGGCUGUGAAAGACACACGAGGAAAACAGCCACAGAAAAAGAAGACAGACCGGCGGAAAGGAAAGGGUGGAGAUGCAGAUAAGGAUGAUGAUGAGGAUGUCAUGCUGAAGCUUAAAAAGCUUUCGGUGCAAGCAAGUGAUGAGGAAGAUGAGGCAGUCAUCAUUCCCAGUAAAGGAAACAAGAAUAAGGGUGGAAACAUUUUUGCUGCUCUCAGCCAGGGCCAGAGUGAUGAGGAUGAUGAUGCUGAUUUGUAUGAAGAAGAUAAACCAGCAAAACAGAAAGAAAAACCUGAGCGAUCACACAGUGAGGAUGAAAAUGAAGAGGAGGAUGCGAGUGAUGGAGGUGACAUGAUGAUGAGUGCUGAGGAUGUCCUUGCAGAACAGGCCAAGCAGCAGGAAGAUGACCCAUUUGCUAACCUUAGCAAAAAGGAGAAGAAGAAGAAAAAGAAACAGAUGGAGUAUGAGCGUCAGGUGGCCAGUGUUCGUGCUCAGAAUGCCUUGGAGGGAGAUUUUUCCAUCUCCCAGGCUGAGAUGUCCUCCAGACAGGCCAUGCUUGAGAACGCCUCUGAUAUUAAGCUGGAGAGGUUCAGCAUAUCUGCUCACGGCAAGGAGCUUUUUGUCAAUGCUGACCUUCUGAUUGUGGCAGGAAGAAGAUACGGUUUGGUUGGACCAAAUGGCAAAGGAAAGACCACAUUACUCAAACACAUUGCCAAUAGAGCUCUCAGUAUACCCCCCAACAUUGAUGUUCUUCUGUGUGAACAGGAGGUUGUAGCUGAUGACACACCAGCGGUGCAGGCAGUGUUGAAGGCAGAUACGCGCCGUCUUAGGCUUCUGGAGGAGGAGAAACAGCUCCAGGCUCGUCUGGAGAAGGGAGAGGACAGUGUGGCUGAGAGGCUGGAGAAGGUCUAUGAAGAGCUGAGGGCAAUCGGAGCUGCAGCAGCUGAGGCCAAGGCGAGAAGGAUCCUAGCUGGUCUGUCAUUUACUCCUGAGAUGCAGAACAGACCCACCAAGAGGUUCUCUGGAGGAUGGAGAAUGAGAGUGUCCCUCGCCAGAGCUCUGUUCAUGGAACCCACGCUACUGAUGCUGGACGAACCCACCAACCACCUGGACCUGAAUGCUGUCAUCUGGCUCAACAACUACCUUCAAGGCUGGAAGAAGACUCUCCUCAUAGUUUCCCACGACCAGAGUUUCCUUGACGAUGUAUGCACAGAUAUCGUCCACUUAGACAAUCAGAAACUCUACUAUUACAGAGGGAACUACUUGACCUUCAAGAAGAUGUAUGUGCAGAAGCAGAAAGAACUGCAGAAACAGUACGACAAACAGGAAAAGAAACUCAAAGAGCUAAAGGCUGGUGGCAAGUCCACCAAACAGGCAGAGAAACAAACUAAGGAGGCCCUGACCAGAAAACAGCAGAAAGGCAAAAAGAAGGGAGGUCAGGAGGAGGAGAGCCAGGAAACCACAGAGCUCCUCAAAAGGCCAAAAGAGUACACCGUCAAGUUCACCUUCCCCAACCCACCUCCUCUCUCACCACCCAUACUGGGACUGCAUAGUGUUGACUUUGUCUAUGAGGGUCAGAAACCCCUCUUCCAAAACGUGGACUUUGGAAUUGACAUGGACUCCAGGAUUUGUAUAGUUGGACCCAAUGGUGUUGGGAAGAGUACCCUGCUGCUGCUGCUUACUGGAAAAUUAAAUCCUACUAAAGGUGAGAUGAGGAAGAAUCAUCGCUUGAAAGUGGGUUUCUUCAACCAGCAGUAUGCUGAACAGUUAAACAUGGAGGAGACUGCCACAGAGUACCUGAUGAGGAACUUCAACCUUCCCUACCAGGACGGCAGGAAGUGCCUGGGACGAUUUGGCCUGGAGAGCCAUGCCCACACCAUUCAGAUCUCCAAACUGUCUGGUGGUCAGAAGGCCAGAGUAGUGUUUGCUGAACUGGCCUGUCGCCAUCCUGAUGUACUGAUUUUGGAUGAACCCACCAACAAUUUAGACAUUGAGUCAAUUGAUGCCUUAUCAGAGGCCAUCAAUGAAUACAAAGGAGCUGUGAUCAUUGUGAGUCAUGAUGCACGGCUCAUCACAGAGACUCAGUGCCAGCUGUGGGUAGUAGAGGACUGUACAGUCAACCAGAUCGACGGAGACUUUGACGAUUACAAGCGCGAGGUGCUGGAAGCCCUGGGAGAGACUAUGGUCAACAAGGUUAAUGCAUGAUCUCAGUCACUGUCAGGACACAUGACUGUGCAACCCUGUAUCCCUCAGUCAUAUGCUACCUACACUCCAUCUGGAUCGGUCGGCAUGUCUCGCAAAGUAACUAUUAAUUUCUAUAAAUAAAGAGGGAGGUAAAAUGUAUUAAAAAAUAAUCUGUGGUCAAUAUCUGCUACAGCUCAACAAUAAAAUACAAUUUUCGUCACGAGUUUCAUUGUGUAAUUUUUAUUAACAUACCUGUAGUAUAUGAAAACAGAAUGGAAAUUCACACUGUCUAACUGACGUACAUAUGUGUGGCAAAUCAAAGAUUAGUAGCUACAGUUCUUGCAUUAAUGGCAGCAACAGCAGCAAUGAACAGGAAUGGUUGGGUAGUUUCCAUCAUUUUAAGUAAGCCUUGUAUGUCUUUUUGACUUUAGCCACUUCAUUUUCAUCAGGCAUUAUUUCACUGUACCACUUAUACCAGGUGUCACCGGAGGGUAAGGACUGGGGAGGUGGUGUAGACCCCACAGCAUCAUGGGAAUUGGAGUAAUCCUCUCCUGAAAAUUCCACAUAUGGAAUCUGAAAAGGAAGUAAGCCUGAAAGAGGACACAGAGUGUUAGCGUGAUAAUGGGCUGGAUCUGGAGGGGUUUGCUUUCGUGAUCUGAUGAGAAGUUUUAGUACACUGAACAAAGAAAUAUUUCAGUUUGAUGUUGGAAGCCUUUACUUGAUCUCUGAAAUCUGAUUUGCUCUAAACAGGCUGUUACCUACCCAUAAAAAUUUCAGUAGUGUGGCCUUCAUUGAUGCACCUUGUGUCCCAUGAGCCAGUGCUGUCUAACAGGUUUGUCCAAUCUGAUAAUGCAAGGCCCACAUUCUGAGGUAAAGUCCAGGUGAGGUCUUGAACUAUAAUAUAUAUAUUUGCUUAAGGAAAAAAAAUGAAACAGUGUGCUAUAGUAUUCAUAUCCCCUCAUACAGAAGCAAUACCACAACGCAAAUAAAUCAAUUAUCCAGAACUCUAUCAGUAAUAUUUUAUUGCCUCUGCACAAAAACAUACCAGCAGGGUCAUGUGUUGCUCAUCAAUACAUUAUUCCUCUGCUAUCUCAAUGGCUGCUGAGAUUUUAAAAAUUCUAAACAGUGCUUGCUGGGAAUGUUGAAGUCUCCCGUGUCAGUUUCAGUCUUUUUCUCCUAACUUGGGUGGUGUGGCUCCAUCCCCCCUGAAUCUGUUGUGGACUAUUUCGAGACGUGGGUACUCAAUUUCUUUUGGUAAAUUUUCAUUGUUAUUGUAUACAGCCUUGUCCUGAGACACUAUUUUGGUUUCCUAACAUGUAGUUUGACUGAAAGUCAAAACUAAUAUAGGUUAUAUUAGUUAAAAACAAAACAAAUUUGCACAGAGGAACAUUCACUGACAGCACUUGAAACUUUGAAGUAAGUUAUACUUAUAAUAUACCCAUUAUAUAAUAUUAGGGUUAUGAUAAAAGGACCUCAAAAGGGGCCGCCUAUAGUACAACCCUUUUAAAUAAAAUUUGGACACUACAAAACAUAAAAAUAAAAUGUGAUCAUUGUCAAAUUAACUGUUUAUUGAUUAGUCUUACAAAGCCUGUGGAGUAAUGUUUAUACAAUUAUGUGUUUCACAAAAUGGUGAACCUCACCACAUCCCUGCUUGAGAAUGCCCCCUUUAGACCCAAUCAUGAAACAUUAACCCGUUUAUCUGAAUGUUCCAAGCAGAUGUUUCAUUCCAGAACUUUCCCAGUCUUUUGUUGCUCCUGUCCCAACUUGUUUGAAACAUGUUGCUAGCAUUGAAUUCAGAAUAUGCAUAUAUUUACCAUAGGUAAAACAUUAAAAAUACUCUCCUUAUAGUGUUUCAAUUGACUG